GCCGCAGCAGCGAUUAACGAACCAUGGCCCACUCCAAGCAAACCAAUCGCCGUCGUUCCUCCUCCUUAUGCCACCGUCAUCCUACCGCUAAACCCACCAGCGGUUUCUGCGCCUCCUGCCUCCGUGAACGCCUCGUCACCAUUGAGACUCAGUCUUCUUCCCCCACCGCCGCCGUACAGACCCCUGAGCUCCGUCGUAUUCGCUCCCACUCCGUUCGCAACGCCUCCGCCGCUUGCGUCUCUGAGCAGCCGCGACGGAGAUCGUGUGACGCUAGGUCAAGCGCGAGCUCUCUCCACGACCUGUUCAUCGAUGAUGACGAAGAACGGCUCGAUAGCUCGAUUCGGAAGAAGCCUCUGGUCCCGGAUUUGAAAGAGGAGGAAGAAGAUUACUACGACGGAGAAGAUAUCAAAGGCUUUGACGAGGGAAAACCGAGGAAGAUCGUGGAAGAAGAAGAAGAAGAAGAAAUCGACAAUGUAGAAGCUGGAGAGCACAAGACGAUGAAGGAGUUUAUAGAUCUGGAUUGGGGAAACCAAAUCAAGAAGAAGAAGGAAAUCGCGUCGGUUUUGAGCAGGACACUAAAGAAAUUCUCACUGAAGAACAGAAGAGAAGACGAGAAAUCAGAAGCCAGAUUCGCCGGAGAUGUAAUUGGUCGUCGAUCAUGUGAUGUAGAUCCUAGAUUUUCUCUCGACGGAGGAAGGAUCUCGUUCGAGAAACCUAGGGCUUCAUGGGAUGGAUGCUUAAUCGAGAAAUCAUAUCACAAGCUUACGCCAUUGUCCACCGUGACGGAAGAUGCUAAAACCUUCCCGGAGAAGAAAUCCGACGGAGAGGAGAGGAGCCCAGGAGGGACAGUUCAAACGAGGAACUAUUACUCGGAUUCUCGUCGGAGAAGAAGCUUUGAUCGAUCGAUUUCGAUCAAGAGACGAGGAUUGCUCGAGGUUGAUGAAUUGAAAGCUAUCUCGAACGCGAAGGUAUCACCUGAAACUCUUGGUUUGUUCCAUGGCGCAAAGUUAUUAGUUACGGAGAAGGAGCUUAGGGAUUCAAACUGGUACUCGAUCAAAAACCAGAAACCAGAGAGCGUUGAAUUAGGCUCGAAAGGCAAGAUCUGUGUAGCUUCUGGUGGGAAGAAGCUGGAUGGUGUAGAGUUAAAGAAACCUAGAAAGAAAUGGCCCAAGGGAUGGAACAUUUGGGGACUGAUACAGAGGAAAAACGAGAUCAAAACCGAGCAAAGUUUGAAACUUGAAAGAAAUGCGAUCGAGGGUUCUUUGGCUGAGUCUCUGUUAAAGCUUAGGAGAGUAGCUAAAGGAGAAACCAAUGGUGGUGGUGGUGUUAGUGAGAAGCUUUUGAAAAGCUACAGUGUAAGCGCGAGAAAGUCUUGCGAUGGUGUGAUUAGUGGUGGUGGUAACAUUGUUAGUGGCGGCUUUGAAGGUGGAAGAAGCUCGUGUGAUGGUCUGUUUCAUGGAUCUAUUAAUAGUGUUGAGGUCGGGAGAAGCUCGUGCGAUGGAUUGGUUAAUGGCAUUGAAGGCAAACAAAAUCAUUAUCUUCACCAAAGAAAAGCAAAUGUCGGCACUUGUGCCCGAGAAGACAACAGUUUGUUUAGAUUCUAUUUGACUCCGGUAAGGAGCCAGAAGACUAGCAAAUCCGGGAAGAGUAGGCUGAUGAGUUAAUUUUUUAAUCUGAGAUUGUUUUAACUUGUGUUGUAAACUUGUAAUUAGCAACUAAUGUAUCUGUUACUAUGGUCAAUUGAUAAGUGAAACAAGAUAUUCGAUGACGAUACUUUGCCAUGA